UAGCCAAACCCCUUUAUAAACUGAUUAAAAAGGGAGAAGUCUGGAACUGGUCUGAUGAGACCAAAUGUGCAUUUGUUAAAACUAAGAGGACAGUGGCCCAAGCACAAGCACUGCGCACUAUAGAUCCAGACAUCCCUUUCUGGUUGACAGUCCAUGUGGACAAUGAUGGAUAUGGCUGGGGCUUAUGGCAGAAACAUGGGCAGCGGAAAGUGCCCCUAGGAUUCUGGUCUCAGUUGUGGAAAGGGGCUAAAUGUCGUUAUUCUCUGAUUGAGAAACAGUUGCUAGCAACUUAUACAUCCUUGAUUGCCACUAAACCCCUGACGGGGAGGCAAGAGGUCCAAGUGCAAGCCACAUACCCUAUUGCAGGAUGGGUACAGACAUGGGCAAAGCAAUCCCGAUCAGAAACUGCCCAAACCCCAACUCUGAUGAAGUGGGGUGCUUAUUUGAAACAGAGAGCCCAGUACACCACUAGCCCCUUGGCUGCAAAGUUGCAGCAGGUGUUAGGGCCUAUGAGAUUUGUUGCGCCUGAUGUACAGACGCUCCCACAACAAGGGGUGGACCCUGUGCCCAGUCCCUUUCGUGAAGGGAAAGGGCCACCCCCGGAAACUGCUUGGUAUACUGAUGGAUCUUGUAAGGGCAGUCCGCCCACUUGGGUUGCAGUAGCACUGCACCCUGCCACUAAAGCCUUCUGGUAUGAGACCGGAGAAGGCCAAUCCAGCCAAUGGGCUGAGUUAUGGGCAGUAUGGCUGGUGUUGAUAAAUAAACCUAGCCCCUUGCAGAUUUGUACAGAUAGUUGGGCCAUAUAUCGAGGCCUUACAUUGUGGAUACCCCAAUGGGCCCUGCAAAACUGGAUGAUUGGACACCGGCCCCUGUGGGGACAACAGAUGUGGAAACAGUUAUGGGACAAAGGACAAAAAGGCCAGUAUACUGUUUACCACGUACCAGGGCACCGCCCAGCCCUGGCACCGGACAAUGAUGCUGCUGACGCGCUAGCCCAACUCCGUCCUGUACAGGCUAUGGUCCCAGGACCCGAUAUAGGUCCCUGGCUCCAUAAAAAACUUGGUCAUAUUGGCUCAUACACAAUGAGGCAGGUAGCCGAUCGGUGGGGCCUGCACCUGAGCCACAGUAAAGCCAAAGAUGCCAUGCGGCACGUCCAUGGUGUGCUAAGCACCACCCGCACCGACAGCGAUGGCCCCAACAGAUGGGGAAGAUUGCACGGGAAAUUCAGCCACUGCAGAUCACCAAUAUCCACAACAGGGCACCUAUCCAAAGACUGCCAGCUACUUCCAUGAGGGGGAGGAGAUGACAUCUAUGAAGAUAUUCUUUUCAACACCAAAUCAAGUUGCUGACAAAAAAGAUUCACUGAAUUCCAGGAUAAAGCCCCAUGUGUGCAAUAAUAGCAAACAAAAUGCCUUUAGAGAUGGGA